UAUAAGAUAUAUAAUCUGUUAAAAUCAGGCUCGACUUUGUGUUGCAUGAGUAAAUGCAUAGCUGAGGUUUAAGAUCAUUAUUUUCAAUGCGCUGAGUGCAAACUGCAGUAUCUAUAGCAUCAUUGGAUUUUAGGUUAAUUAGUUAGGUUAUUCAUGAUACAAGGCCAGUAUUAUUAAAGUAAAAAAGAACACAAACAUAAUGCAUUAUCCAUGUUUGCAAACUAGUAUUAUGUUGAACAAUUGAGAACAUAUCUUAUUGUGUCUUCAAUAAGAGAAAACACAUUAAUUUAAAACACAUGUUACUUAAAUUUCGUUUUACAUUCUAGAAUAUGAAAAUCUGGAUACGUUAAUUAUAAAAAAAAGAAUAUGUUAUAAUAAUGAUUCUUUCAAUCUGAUUUAAUAAACUUUAAUAACUUGUAUAUGAUUAACAUAGUUUUUUACCAUUCUUGACAUAAAGCAUCUCUUACAUCGGCAUUUGCAUUGAUUUAUUGUUGUCAUUCUAAUUUCGCUUGGAUUCAUAAUCUAGAGAGGCAAUUGUGGUAGUAUGCAAUAUAACAUUACAAGUCAUAGAUGUUCUCUAAACUAACGAAUCCCCGAUCGUGCAUUAUUCUGUUUGAAACUGUAUCGGGCAUAAUAUAUAUUGAACACAAAUCUGGUUAAAUGUGAUUCACUUUUAUGUGCAAACAAAUAAGUGGACGGUGACAGAAAUUCGGUCACUAGAUUCUCACAGCCCAUCGUUAUUAUUCAUGGAACGCAUCAUGAGUUCAUUGAUUUCCAACGUAAAUGAUUACACAAAACCACACAGUUACAACAAUUAAUUAUAGCAUAUUUUGACAAAGUAAGGGUCUACAAUAAGUCAGACGGAGUUGUAGGUUACGACUCUCGAUGACUGCGAACUAAAUUACAGUUCUUCAGCGAGGAAAACAUUGUCGAUGCUCACAAAAAAAUAAAUGGUUUUAGUAAAAUCCGCGAAUGUCCAAUCUCUGGCAUUUUUGAGCUACACAGAUAAAAAAGAAGCCGAUAUUGCAAAAUACAGAGAGUAUAAUUAUGUCGCGUUAUUUCUAAAGGUCUGAAUAUAUUGCGGAACUUAUUAGCCAUGUAACAUUAAAUAAGUAUCAUUAUACCUUACAAACCAAGUUAAGUAGUUUAACAAUUUCACUGUAAAUGAACAUUGUUUCCGUCAUAUGUUAGUUUCUUCGUUGCUUGUGUGCACAUAAAUCAUAUCCUUCAGAUCACGGGUCAUCUGGGAAGAUUUCUGGAGAACAACCAGUUAUGAAGCAAUUACCCAUGCAUUUUUCAGUUGUUUCUUUUGACAAAAAACACACACCUUUCUGUAUCACACACCUACGCUCUUCUUCAGGAAGAAAUUUUAUAUUUAGUGUUCUCAUUGUGAACUAUAAAUACAAACAUGCUUUCUAAGGAAAUACGCUCAAAUAAAAUGUUCAUGUGUAACUUCAGACAAAAGUCGCUGGCCAGCCACUAUUCACGAUUUCGACAUUAUCAAAUAACGCGCCUAACGAGAGCGAGAGUUCAGCGAGAUUUCCGCUUCGGGGGGGUACCGGUGUUAUUGCGACACUGUGUUUACAACGAGAAAAACAUGGCAGUGUAAAGUUAAGAUCUGAUUAAGAUAAUUACAUCGUUAUGUGUCUUGAAUAUUAUCAGAAUAUACAUUGUUUUAUCAAAUUCGACUAUCAAAUGAUGUAAUAAGGGUAAACAACAAUGGGUAAGAAAGACUUUUGCUGUGCUGAUGGUUGCUCUCAUGAACGUUCACGGGGAGCAGUUUGCAAAUUCCACAAAUUUCCUACAGAUCCAAAGAAAAGAUCGGCAUGGUUAUCUAAAAUAUCAAGGGUCGUUAAAGUUACAGAAAAUGGAAAAACAAUUACAAAACCGUGGGAACCAAGUGAGUCAUCAAAGCUCUGCAGCUGUCACUUCGAUACUCCACCCACCAGAUCAAGGAAAUUCAGUUUUGUUCCUUCCAUAUUCAAGCACAGACCAGCCAGCACCAAGCCAAACAGAAAACCACCCAAAGAACGAGCUCCUGGUCUGCCAAAUAUAAGCACUACAAGUACAAGGAGACCCCUGUUUACAGCCAUUCCAUUGAAUUCAACUGAGAUUCAAACAUCCCAAGCCCAGGAGAUAUUUGCUGAUAGCUGUGAUGCUGAUCGAGACUUCAGCCCGGAUGCUUCAUUGGAAAAUGCAGAUAUAGAGACUGGUCAAAUAGAAGACCUUAAUCUGGCUACAACACUGGCGGGACAUGAUUACAGCGUGGCAGUUGCUGAUCAUUCAUCACAUGAUAUACUGCGGGUGCAUGAGGACCUCUGUGAAAUCCUAAAGGAAAAGGACCGCCUUCAGAAAGACAGUGAUGAACUUCAGAAAUUAAAAAAUAAUGGUCAAGUAUUGAGUGUGAACGAGUUGAAGGAAAAUGAUAAACUCUUCCAGUAUUAUACUGGACUGAAAGUAGCAGUUUUUGAUGCACUGUUUAAAUACCUGGAACCAAAGGCAAGGCAUAUUAAGUAUCCCCAUGGCGAGCGGACAUGCUUGUUUAAGCAUCACUCUGAAGUAAAUAAGAGAAAGCCUGGCAAAAAUCGGUCUACGAGCCUGGAAGAAGAAAUGUUCAUGACAUUAGUGAAACUUAAGAUAGGACUGCAGACAGUAGAUUGUGCUGUAAGAUUUGGAAUGUCUCCUUCAAAUUACUCAGCCAUUUUCACAGCAUGGGUCACAUUGCUGUCACAAGAACUUGAGAAGAUUUGCAAAAUGCCACCAAACACUGAAUGUGAGUUUCAAUAGCGCCAAAUGUUUCCGCGAAUUUAGGAACCUGAGAAUAGUGGUGGACUGUACGGAGUUAUAUUCCGAAACGCCAUCAUCACUAGGGGCUCAUAAGCAGUUCCACUCUAAUUACAAACAUCACAGCACAGUGAAAUUUUUAGUAGGCAUGAAUACGGGUGGAGCCAUCACAUACAUUUCUGCCAUGCAUGGUGGUAGAUCAAGUGAUAAAUUUAUUACCACUACAGCUGGUGACAUGCUUUCGCCAUUGAACCCUGGAGAGAAAGUCAUGGCUGACAGAGGGUUCACCAUUCAAGAUUGCCUGCCACCUGGAGUGCAACUUAUAAUUCCACAAUUCAAACAUAAAGACAAGUCUCAAUUUACGAAAGAUGAACUCCAGACAAACAAGAAGAUUUCUGAAGCCCGAGUACACAUAGAGAGAGCUAUUCGUAGAAUAAAGCAGUUUCAGAUUCUGCGUACAGAGGUCAAGUUGACACAGGUUGACGUGUUUGAAAAUAUGUUCAAGACAUGUGGUUACCUGGUUAACUUUCAGGAUCCUUUCCUAAAAUGUGAUGGCGACUAACUUAUAUAGUGUGAGCUAUUGCCCAUAAUGUGUAUUAUUUGAUGAGAAGAACUUUGUGUGUUGAGAUAAUACACUAGAGAGAAUAUCACUUCCUCGCAACUGUUGCUUUAAAGGGUCAGUCUAACUGUAACUGAGAUGCUCAAACAUUGAUAACCACAGUAUUAAUAGAUUUCUGUGUCCUCAUGUGUACAAAGAUGUAUAUAGUAAUUGACUAUUUUAAGGAUGUCAUUGUGAUAUUGCUGUGAUUUCACUAUAUAUCUCAUUUAUACAAGUACUAGUUAGCACGGCUGUUUAACACUAGUCCAAAUAAUCAUCCAGUAUUACUACAUGUCAUUCAGAAUUUCAAUUGAUGUAUAUUCGCCUUAAGCUCUUUGUGAUAUUUUGACUUAUAAUAUGAAAUAUGUGCUUAUGAUCAAAGUUAACUGUAACUGAGUUGUUGAAAAUUGAUGAUCACUGUAUUUAUAGAUUUUUGUGUUCGCAUGUGUACAUACCUUUAUAUACUAAUUGACUAUUUGAAUGAUGUCAUUGUGAUAUUGCUGUGAUUUCACAUUAUAGAAAUGUUCAACACUCGAUAUAUUUAAAAUUGUUAUCUUUUAUAUAUCUCAUUUAUACAGGUACUAGUAUUUAUUAAGAUUAAGUUUGCUUUACUUUUGUUCACAAAUAAUAGUGAAGAUGUUUUGUUGUCCUCGACGUUUAACAUUUUAUUUACACUAGUCUAAAUAAUUAUCCAGUAUUACUGCAUGUCUUUCAGAAUUGAAUUGAUGUAUAUUUACCUUAACCCUUUCAGUGCGGGAACCGAAUUUUAAAGGCCUUUGCAAACAGUUUGGAUCCAGAUGAGACGCCACAGUCCCACAGAACGUGGCGUCUCAUCAGGAUCCAAACUGUUUGCUAUUCUGAUAGUAUUCUUUGAAAAAAAUCGAAGAAAAUGCUAAUUUUAGAAAUUCAGCAGACGACAUUUUAGCAGAAGACAAAUUACCCAGCAUGCAAAGGGUUAAGGCUUAAUAAGCUCAUUGUGACAUUUUGACUCUGAAUAUGAAAUUAUGUGCUUAUGAUCUAAGUUUUAUUUUAUCAAAACAAUACUGUAAAGUGUUCCCAGACAAAAUAUACAUUAAUGAUAUCUGUGAUAAGUGAAAGUUUUUUAUAUAAGCAGCUCAUAUUGAGUUAGAAAACAAAAGCUACACGUAAACUGGGCAUUUAUUAUUGCAUGUAACAUUAUGUUUUAGUACUUUGUCAACAGGGUAUUCCUGAUGUACAAGUGUAUUUUUAUUUAAUUGCAUGGAUGAACAACUACAUUGUAGAUGUGUUAUAUGCUUCAUGCUGAUUAUUAUUAUUCUCGUAUGCAUUUGCUGACUGUAUGGUCCAUGUCUUAAUUUUAUAAUAUAUAUGCCGUUUUUGUUUAAAAUAAAACCUUUAACUAUUA